AUGUCGUGGCUCUGGAGGAGCGAUGCAAACUCUCCUGCUUCCUUUGAGAAAGCUCUUUCGAAGCUGUCCGCCCAGAUCACUGAUGCCAACCUUGCCCUUGACACCACCAGGACUCGAGCGCGCCGAGCAAAGGCACUAUGGACGCUUUAUACCACGCUGACCUACCUCCUCUAUACACUUGUCGUGGUUCUUGUACUGGGCCCCGAUGCCUGGUUCUGGUAUCACUAUGCAGGCUUAGUGGGUGCACCGGUCAUUAUCUAUACAGUGCGCAAACUGUUGACUGCAUUUUUCGACUGGAGGGUAAAUCGGCAACAAUCAUACCUGGACCAUCUGCAGAAACAGCGCGAGUCCAAGAUUGCCGACUUGAAGAAGGCUACAAAAUAUGAUAGCACUCAAGAGCUGCUGCAGAAGUAUGGAGGCGCUCCACCGUCCAAAUCGCCAUCAAAAAAACCGCAACAAGGUGCGAAACGACAAGUCAAUCGUCCUCCAGAGCGGCAUCCACAGAGGACUGGACUACCACCCCCCCCUACGGCGAAUAUACCUGGACGAAAUGUCCAGGCGCCUGCCGGUCUACCACCUCAGGUAGGAAGUCCUCCUGCCUCUCCGACGCAUGUCCAGAUGCCACUGGCUGUUGAAAUGGCCAGAAGCCCUGUGGAUAUGAGUUCUGAUGUUCCUGGGUUUGCUCCAAAUGCUUUUGCAGACCCCCCUCCACCAACCACAGCAUAUGAAACCACCCACCACUGGUAUGAUCGCAUACUCGACGUGAUGCUUGGAGAGGAUGAGACCGCUGCCAAGAAUAGAUUGGUCCUUCUGUGUUCAAAUUGUCGCCUUGUCAAUGGUCAGGCCCCUCCCGGUGUCAAGACGCUCGAAGAACUCGGCCGAUGGCGAUGCAGUACUUGCGGAGCUUGGAAUGGUGUAGAGAGUGAAGGUGCUAAAGUAGUCAAGGAGAUCACAGCUGUGUCGAAUCUACACGAUGGUGAAGAAUGGGAGAGAGUGCCAGCAAUGUCGAGCGAUCACGAAGAACCAGAGGAAGGUCAGCACGAGGACUCGACUAGCCAUGAAGCAGUUGACGGCAGUCAUGGUGCCACAGGUCGCGAUGCCGUGGACGAUAACGGGAUUUCAAAGCGGGUGACUCGAAGUGCGAGCAAAAAGCCUUCCCUUGACUCACUUGAAUGA